AUGGCCGUGCCACCAGUGAGCAAGCAGCCGCACGAGUCGCCGGAAGAGGAGCUGCGGAAGAGAAAGAAACGAAAGCGCAGCAGAGUAAAGAAAGCUCCGGCAGAGUCUGAUGAAGCUCCAGAGGUGAAGCAGAACGAAGAGGAGAGUGAAGAUGACGAAGAGAAGGAAGUUGUGAAGGACAAGAAGAAGAAGAAGCAGCAGAUCGCAGAUGUGAAUGAAGAUGAGAGUGACGGACGAAAGGAGGAACAUAGCAAGGGGGAAGAUGGCGAGGCAGAGGGUAACACAAAGAAGAAGAAAGUGAGGAGUGGCGGCGGAAUUAUGAGCACUGACUCGUUUGAUUCUCUGGAAUUAUCCGAGCCUACGAGGAAGGCGAUUCGAGAGAUGGGAUUCCACUUUCCAAUUCAAUCAAGGGCAAUGCCACUCCUGCUGAUGGGCAAGGAUGUCUUAGGUGCGGCAAGGACAGGUUCUGGGAAAACCCUUGCCUUUCUGAUACCGGCUGUGGAGUUGCUGUACAAUGCUCGUUUCGCUCCCCGCAAUGGUACUGGGGUGGUGGUUAUUUGCCCUACUAUAGAACUUGCCAUUCAGACACAUAAAGUGGCAGAAGACCUUCUCAAGUAUCAUUCACAGACACUUGGGAUGGUUAUUGGAUUUAUUUAUAAGAACUUGAAGUGCCUGACGAUUGAUGAGGCAGACAGGAUAUUGGAGGCCAACUUUGAGGAAGAUAUGAAACAAAUUAUCAAGCUUUUACCAAAGACCAGGAAGACUGCCUUAUUUUCAGCCACCCAAACUAAAAAGGUGGAGGACCUUGCUCGGUUGUCGUUUCAGAUGACUCCUGUUUAUAUUGAUGUCGAUGAUGGGAGACACAAGGUUACAAAUGAAGGUCUUCGGCAAGGCUACACUUUAGUUCAAAGUUCCGAGAGAUUUCUUGUUCUUUACUCCUUCUUGCGGAGUACCUUAUCAUCAAAGAAAGUGAUGGUUUUCUUCUCGUCAUGCAAUUCUGUGACGUUUCACUCGGAACUUUUGGCGCGCUGUAAAACAAAAUGCUUCGAUAUCCAUGGAAAACAAAAGCAAGAGAAGCGAACCUCGACCUUCUUUAGUUUCUGCAAAGCUGAGAAAGGGAUCUUGCUAUGCACUGAUGUUGCUGCUCGUGGACUUGAUAUACCUGCUGUGGAUUGGAUUGUGCAGUAUGACCCACCUGAUGAGCCCAAGGAAUACAUACAUAGGGUUGGCCGAACAGCCAGUGUUCAAGAAGACGCGAUUAAUCUCUCGCCUAGGCGCGAUUAA